AUGGCUUCCGAAUCGAAAUUGUCCGAGCUGGACCUGCUGGCGGUUGCGGCUGCGCGCAACGCUAGAAUCCCGCGGCGCCACUUUUGGCUACCCCUCCUGCGACUGAUCCUCCAACAUGCCUUCACCACCCCGGUCGUCCUCACAACAGCUCCGUUCAUUAUUCUCAAGAACAUCUUCCCAUUCCUGCGUCGGCACCCUCUCUGGAGCUUUAAGGUUGGCGUAUUUACUGAGCUCGUCCGCAUCGCCAUCAUCUGCAUGGGCCUCAUUCGCUUCUCGCCCAUCCCUAAUAAGGAGAAUGGAUGGCGGGAAACUUCCCGUCUAGCUCCACUGCUCCAAGCCAUUUCGUUCUCUUCUGCUGGUGUGUCCAUAAUGGCCGACAACAAGACCCAACAACGCCUCAAGAUCAAGGCCAAGCGCCUCGACCGUGUCUGGUUCAACCCCCCGCCGCCAGAGAUGCUUCGUGGUAUCCUCAGCGUGAACGUGCCGAACAAGGUGGAUCAGGUUGUCUCGAGCCCGAGGUACGUUGGCAGGCCUCUGAUUCAGCCCUACUGGGCAAAGGCGAGGUGCAGGGCUUUCUGGUACAUGCGUAGUCCCGGAAUCAUGCCUCCUAAUCCGGGUGACAAUGAGAAGAGGAAACGUCCUGUCCUUCUGUACAUCCACGGCGGUGCUGGAGUCUCCUUCGCAGCUGGUGACAUGUUCAUGGGAGACACGCUCGCGAAGAACCUCGCGCGGACAGCCAAUGUCGAUAUAUUAUCUGUGGACUACGACCUGGCUCCAUAUGCCAGGUACCCGACCACGGUCUUGCAGACUCUGGGCGCUUGGCUCUAUCUCACACGCGAUCUCGGCUACGACUCGUCACAGGUGUACGUUGGCGGCGACUCGUACGGAGGCUUCACUACGGUCCUCUUCAACCGCUGGAUGCGCGACGUCUGGUCCCACCUUCCUGCGGAGCUCACCAAGGGCCAAUCUGGCAAGCAGCCCGGCCUGUUGCUCCUAUCUCCCUGGGUAACAAUCGAGAACGAGGAUUUCGCCAGUCGAGCGGUGAACCUCAAGUACGACAUCAUCACCGCCGCGUAUUCCAAUUGGGGCACCGACUGUCUUGGCAUAGGACCGCAGUACAUCAAGUCGCUCCCCAUCUCCACGAAGGACGCGUGGCUCAGUCCGGUUCACAUGGAGCCGGAUGAGUUCGCUGAGCUUCCGCCGCUGUUCGUGCAUGCUGGCGGCGCAGAGACGCUGCUGGACGAAGGAAGGAUGUUCCUCGACAAGGCUAGGCAGGCCGGCGUCGACGCCGAAUGGCUCGUGUCGCCUGGCAUGCACCACGACAUGGGCACCAACCCGGCCCUCAUCCCCGAAAGCAAGGUUGUCUGGAGGCGCGUCAAGCUCUGGCUAGCCGACCUUGAAGAUAAGAAAAGUGCAAAGGCUUGA